AUGGCUCCGAGCGCUACUGCAGGCAUUCACACUGCUGCUGACAUUGCUAAUGGCGCUUCUUUGGAUGAUAAGUCCACCAUCUUCAAUAAGAAAGGUACGGAUCUGAAAUCCAUGGCAGUUGGUGCACAAACAAAGGAUGGUCGAAGUUCAGUGCCCACCAUCCCAGUCUUCCGCACCAAGGAAGAGGAGCAGCGAUACUGCAAGGAGCACCUCGCCUGUGCCUUUAGAGUAUUCGCUGACCGGGGCUAUGAUGAGGGUGUGGCUGGCCACAUGUCUCUCCGUGACCCAAUUCGUGCGGACCACUUUUGGAUCAACCCCUAUGCGAUGCAUUUUGCGGAUAUCAAAGUAUCUGACCUCGUCCUUGUGAAUGAGGGCGCAGAGAUUGUCUCUGGAGAUCAUGCCGUCAAUGCAGCUGGCUUCGCCAUCCACUCGGAAAUUCACAAGGCUCACCCUUGGGUCAACGCCGUUUGUCACGCCCACACGGUGCACGGCAAAGCGUACUCUGUAUUCGGAAAGAAGCUCCCUCCAGUGAUGCAGGACUCCCUGCGAUUUUAUGGCUCUCACAGUGUGAAUAUCGACUACGGCGGCGUGGUGCUCUCCUCGGAGGAAGGAAAAAACAUUGCCGCCACCCUCAAUCCCCAGGACAAGGUGUGCAUUUUGCAAAACCAUGGCCUUCUCUCUGUCGGCGAGACGAUUGACGAGGCAGCCUACUGGUUUAUCUGCUUUGACAAGUGCUGCCAGAGCCAGCUCAUGAUUGACGCAGUUGUCAGGGCCCAGGGUGAUGCAUGCCAACCCAAGGAGGUUGAUCAUGAGACGGCCUUCUUUACCGAGCAGCGUAUUGGUACCAGGCACAGGGGGUGGCUCAACUUCCAACCUUACCAUACCAAUAUGUUAAAGAAGACCAAGGGAGAAUUUUUACUCUAG